AUCGAAAUGCUUGUGUCGCCACGUUGCGACUAGAGAGAAGAAGCAACUCGAUUGGCAUAAAUACGGUCGGUAACAGAAGAGAUCACAGUUACCUUCGAAAAUCGUAAACUAAAAGAGAGGUUAGAAACAAAUAUUGAAAGAAAAACUUGAUAUUUCGUGCUGUAGAAAAAGAAGAAUAAAAUAAAUAAAAGACGAAGAAAUGUCUCUCUUUCCUGCGUAUUCGAAUGACAAAACUGAAUCAACAAGUUGCGGUGAUACAGAUAACAUUUCCACCGACUGGUUGUCGAAUUCGAGUUUUCAGGCUCAAGUGCCUAAAAGGGAACCUCUCGACUUGUACUCCUCGUCAGAGGAGUCUUUACAUGAAAAUACAGACGAGUUUUCGUUUAGUGCAGAAAAACAAUUACCACCUGAAAUAAUCUCUCAGGAUAUAAAGGUGCAUGCAAGACAGAAAACCAAUAAGAAGCAAAAAACAGAAAGGAAAAAACGUACACAUGAUAGUAAACAACAUAAAUCAGAUUAUGAGCUGGAUGUAAAGAAUGUAUACUUUGAAGACAAGCAUAGAGAUAAAGGGAACAAUAACAUAAAUACAUUCUGCUCUAGAACGAGGCCAUAUUAUGACAUUAGUGAAAAAUCUCUUGGUUACAUUAAGCACAAGCAACCAAAGAAGAACUUGUUUCAUAGAUAUUAUAUUAAAAAUAUUGAUUCUGCAGAAACAACUAAGAAAAAAGAUACAGUUAUCAAGAAAACGAAUAAGAAAGAGAUUAAGCAAGACAAUGAAGCAGAGGAAAGUGUACCUUCUUGGUGCAAGAACUUGGAAGAGGAACAGAAAUGCAAAACUCAAGAAUACAACGAACGACUGGCAGAAAAUCCACACAAUAUUGAACUUUGGCUGCAAUACAUUAACUUUCAGGACACAUUGAUUUGUUAUCAGAGACAUCAAUUUACCAAAGACCUACAACGAUCUACAGUAUUAAAAAAGUUAUCUAUUGUUGAAAAAGCUCUCGAAAAAAAUGCAGAUUCGAAGGAAUUAUUAAAAUUAAAGCUACGUUUUAUGACAGAAUUAACACCAUCUGAUGAAUUAUCAAAUCAAUUGGAGAUAUUAGUUAACAAAGAUUCAGGGAAUAUUGUGUUAUGGCAGCAUUUUAUCAUGGUCACACAAGCUUCACUAGCAAUGUGUACUGUUCCACGAGUAUUAGAUUUAUAUUCAAAAUGCUUCUGUGUUCUGAGACAGCGUUCGAGAACAAAUCCUACUGUAUACGAUGCACAGCUGCUGCAUAUGCUGUAUCAAUGUUUAAUUUUUCUGAGACAUACAGGACUAUGGGAACAAAUGUGGGAAACAAUACGUUUAAAUCUAAAUUUGAAUUUAAACUUAAACAAAAAUAGUUUAUCUUUUCGAGGAUCUAUAGAUGAAAAAAAAUUAAUUGGAAUGGAAGAAAUGAUAUUGAUGUCACGAUUACCUCUAAAUCAACUAUGGCAAAGAACAGAGUCAUUGAGAGAAAAUUGUCAUUGGAUUAGCGUCAGUAGGGACGAGUUAGAAUUAGUUGGAGAUUCUAGAAGGUUUAUUUUACCAGAAGAUGUAGCAGACUUUGUACAUCCAAUUCUUUCUCGAAAUUCAAACUUUCAAAUGGCCAUCUAUUCUCUUUUGUGUCUUAAAGUACCACUUCUACCUUGUCGUGAUCACUACAUGAAAGAGUUAUUAUUGACGAAUUUUCAUUGGGGAGUAGAAUCUUUAGAAGUAUUGCUUCCAUUUAUGUAUCCCAUGGUAGGUGAAAUGGCUGGUCACGACCAAAGAAAAGAAUUAUUGAAAGAUGUUCUCGAAGGACGUCUAACGUCAGGUCCUCAAUAUCUCAAGUUCCAUCCAGCACAGGAACCUUACCUAGAUUUUGUACGCAAAAUAUUUCAUACAAUCGCGGAAAGUCUACCCUCACUGCAACGAACAAGUGUAUAUGUCUGGUGGUUGCGAUUGGAAAGGCUACUAGUUUUCCUCAACAAAGAUGAACCUUUAAAACAUGACAAUAAAGGGAAAAAAUUGAGGGCAACGUUGAAGGAAUUUUUAAAAAAGGAUGAAAAUAGAAAUAAUUUAUAUUUUUAUAAGGAGUAUGCUCUGAUAGAACUGGAAAUGGGCAGAUUCAGCAAUUGCGUGAACAUUCUCGAGACUGCCAUUCAGUCUCAAGGAACACGUCCAUCUGCGAUUACCAACGUGUAUGAGAGGGCAGCGCUUUUCAACGUAUAUAGAACAUUUAUCGAGACUUUGCUCGAUAUUAGAACGUAUAACGACUCGCACAGACCAUGGAUAUUAAAAGUCUUUGGUCAAAUGACACCUAACGAAAACGGAAAUCAAGAAUCACUGAUUGAAGCGUAUUUACAUUCGUAUGUACAAGACUUUCUGCGAGUUCCUUUCGAUGAGAAGGAAAAGGAUAAUUUUUUCCUGUCGGAUUUGGAAUGCGACGCGAUCGUAUGCUACGCGUAUUUCUUGUAUAUUAAAGAUGGUGAUAUCCAAACUGUUGUCAACACAUUGAAAAGCUGCAUUGAUCAUUCCAAAGAUUAUCCCUACUUACAGGAAAUGUUGUACGAAAGUCAAAUUGCAAUUCUGCAAUUACAUUACGAACGGACUCAGAGCAUGCAGAAUGUGCUAAAAGAAAUCUUGAGCAGAACUUUAAAUAUAUAUCCGAAUAACUUUUAUGCUCUAUCUGUAUUUGCUGGCAUAGAGAGUGAAUUGCCAACCUGGAGAUUCAAUAGUAGAAGCACUGAAAUUGAACUGUGGCAAGCCAUGGCAAUGUAUCUGGCUGCUCGUAGACGUAUUGGUCUCUUAAAGAAACUUGAUCAACCUGAUGCAAUGAAUGCUGCACUGAAUAAAAUAUUAUCAUUUCAUUCAACACUCUCCAGAAUACCAUCGAUCCGAUGUUGCCCAUUGUUAUGGAGAUUGUAUAUGCUUCUUUUACGCGAGCAUAAUUUAUGUGAAAAAAAAGGAGAAGAGGUUUAUCACGAGAGUGUCACGCAAUGUCCAUGGACAAGAAGUAUUUACAUAGAUGCAGCUGAAGUAGCACCUCAACUUCUGACACAAAUCCAAGAUCUAAUACGCGAGAAAGAAUUAAGAAUGCAUGUCACACCUGAAGAAUUGGAUAUUCUUCGUGGCUAAUAUAAUUUUCUGAUAUUUGUAGGACAAACUAUAAAAUUGUAUGACAUUCCUUAAUUUAUGUUCUGAUGUGAUAAAUUGUUAUAGAAAUAUACCUAUAAAUUUAUGUAUAGCACUUAAAUUUAAAAAUAUCCGAGAAUAUAGACAGUAUAUAAACAA